UGCACUUCAAUGGGUGAACAGAUGAUGAUUAUGAUGGUUCAGUUCACUGGAUUUCCUGCUUAAAAAAAUAGAAGGGUUUUCAUAUUUCUUGCUUAACAUGGAAGCCACAAGGGUAGCUGGUCAUCUCUUUAUGCCACUUCUCUCUUGCAUGCCUAUAUGCAAUUUGAUAAGUGUAAAUGUACCUUUCCUGCUUUCAGUCUUGUCUUUUUGUUUCUAGCUCACUCUCAGUUUCCAUUUGAAGGUAUUCUUAGUUUGAUUCAAAUCUAUGAUUGAAACUCAGAUUUCCUGAAUCCAUACUUCAAAAUUCUUACAUUUUUCAUUUGGGUUGGUUUGCUUAUGGCACCAAACCUCAAACACUUGUAUAAUUUGGGGGCUCAGGCUCUAGCACCCAUCAAAAACCAGCAAAUCUUCACACGUCAAGUACCAUCAAUGCAAAAUUCAGACUCUCCUUUUCCUAUACUAGCCAUUGCUGUUCUAAGCAUCAUGGGCACAGCUUUCUUGCUAAUUAGCUAUUACAUCUUCGUGACUAAAUGCUGCAAUAACUGGGAUCGGCUUAAUCUUCUGAGGCGAUUUUCUAUCCUACGAGCUAGGCAGAAUGAAGGACCAUUUAUAGCCUUCUCUCCAACAAUGUGGAACCGUGGACUUGAUGAAUCAGUCAUCCGCGAUAUUCCAACUUGUCAAUUCAGAAGAGAAGAAGGUGAGGACAAGAAUGUCUAUGGAUGUGUGGUUUGUUUGAAUGAUUUUCAAGAUCAAGAUAUGCUGAGAGUUCUUCCGAACUGUGGCCACGCUUUCCACUUAGAUUGUAUUGAUAUAUGGCUUCAGAGCAAUGCCAAUUGCCCUCUUUGCCGGAAAAGCAUUUCAGGCUCAACUCGAUAUCCUUUUGAUCAAAUAAUUGCGCCAAGAUCUUCACCUCAAGGCUCGCAGCAAUAUGCUGAUAGCCUCAUGGGCGGCGAUGAGGAUUUUGUGGUAAUUGAAUUAGGAGAAGAUGAAGAUAUUUUGUUUCCUUAUAGGCAACAAGAAAGAGAACAUUCAAGUGAGGUUUUUGUUCAGCCUGGAAGUCAUUCACCAAAGAGGCCAGAGAAGAAGAUUAAGAACUUAAAACCCAAAAAAGGCCACCAUAAAUCAAUCAUGGGGGAUGAGUGCAUUGACUUAAGAGAAAAAGAUGAUCAGUUCCCUAUCCAACCAAUUAGGAGAUCCUUCUCACUAGAUUCUGCAGCGGAUCGACAGCUUUACUUAACUGCCCAAGCAAUUGUUCGACAAAAUGGGCAUCAUAGGGAGGUUACUACUGAUGAAGAAUGUAGCACCAGAUCCCAGAGAUCCUUUCUCCCAUUAAGACAUGGCAGGGGAUCAAGAAAUGCUGUUCUACCUGUUGAAUUUGAGCUGUAGUGUGAUAUAGUUUAAUUUGAAUAUCAAAUAUUUAUUUUGAUUCUUGGUUCUGAGAUUGAGUUGGUAGAAAUUUUAGGAUGCCAGUGAGUAGUCAGAUAGUACAGAGUGACUUUGGAUUGAUUUUCUUUACAUAGUCAGAAAAGUUCCAAAAAAAAAAACAAAUGUUGUGUUAGUGAAAUGUGGGGAUUGGUAUGAAAUUAUUACUAAACCAUUAUGA